GCACAUUCGCAUCGAAAUUUGCGUUCAGGUUCACGCGUGAAUGUAACUCCUAAUAGCAUUUCAACGCUUUUCAUAGGCGUCUAAAUACAAUACAAUAUUUAUUGAAUCGUUUUCAUGUGCUCCUUUGAGUCAAAUCAGACUUAACGUAACGAAGUACGAAGCGUCCUGCAAUAUGAACUGUUUAGUCUGCUGCUUUGUUUGGACUGUGGUUGGGGUAGCCGAGUGAGUCGUUGUCUUACUUGUGUGUGUCGCUCAACCCCACUAGUGUACGCAACCGUAGAUCGUCUUGCGCAACCCUUUCAAGGAACUCUCCCGAUCCGUUUCCCGGAAACUCAGAACCGCUACUCUUACGGAAACAACAAUACGCCAAGGCAUCGGGGACUGGCUUCUGAUCUGUUUAUCUGUGGUGGUCCGCCAUGUGUAACUUGACUUGACAAGCUUUGCCUUUGAACUUCGCGUUCUUUGGUUUUCAUCUCUCCGUGUCGGCAAAGAAUCCAGUCCGGUUGAUCGGAAACGGCCCAACUAUUUAAACACGCCCGUUUACGUGGAAAAGACCCGGAAAUUAGGUUAGAGUCGUUUUGUUUUGGGGGGCACCCUACCCGGAUACGAACGGCGGCGCGGCCAUGACCGCCAGCGCACUGGCUGGGUCUAUCCCGAGAUGCAGCGCGCGGUCCGUGACGUCAGCUUUCCGUGCAAGCCAGCUGACUGCUGUUGUCGAGGGGGCCUGUGCUGCUUGGACCAUGUCCGCUACCUCGAGUCCUGGGUGCUAGCGACCCCGUGUUUAUUUUUCUGGCCGAGUUGAGGUCCCCGUCGUGAGUGAGGAAACCGUCUCGGGGCUCCCUAGGUGCGCGUGUGCUCACACGCACGUUCGGUUGGGCAAGGGGGGGCAAGGGGAAAAAAGAAAGCACGUCCUAGGGCUUUGCGGCUGCAAUUUGUGUUGCCCCCUCCCUCCCCGUCCCUUUCCAAAAGACCGCAACGCCAAAAAGAAUUCAAAACAAAGGACUCUCGUGCUGCAAGGCUGGCCUCGUGUACGAGCUCCGAGGACGGCGGAGGAUCGUCGCCACCGCGCAAAAAGCAGCGCGUUGCCACCAUGCAGGCUACCAACGGCUGUUCUGCUGCUGUGCAAAAUGGGGACGAUUCGACCACCGCCGCCAACGGAGCCGCACCAGGCGAGAAAACCAAGGUUGGCUCACGCACCGAACAAGACAUUAUCAGACUCAUCGGUCAACACCUCAGGGGUUUGGGGCUCAACCGGACAGCAGAGCAGCUCAUCCAGGAGUCUGGCUGCAGCUUGGACCACCCAGCCGCUGCCAAAUUCCAGGCACACAUAAUGGAUGGAGACUGGUCCAAGGCAGAGUCGGAUCUCAACGAACUGAAGACGUUGCUGGCGUCGUCGCAGACACUUGUGGAGAUGCAGUUCCUGAUGCUCGAGCAAAAGUACCUGGAGCACCUGGAGGAAGGCCACCUCCUGGAGGCACUCAAUUGCCUGCGGCACAGCCUCACCCCGCUGCGGCACAACACCCAGCGGGUGCACGAGCUCUCCAGUUACAUGAUGUGCGGGACGCCGGAGGAGCUGCGCCUCAUGUCCCACUGGGAAGGCAAGGGACUUGCGUCGCGGCAGAGGCUCAUGGAGAAGCUUCAGGGGUUCCUCCCGCCAAGCGUGAUGCUGCCCCCCCGGCGCCUGCGCGCCCUGCUGGCCCAGGCGGUGGAGCUGCAGCGGGACCGGUGCCCCUACCACAAUGCCCCGUUCUCGCCGAGGGGGGCGCAGAGCGGGGAGGCCGGCCUGGAGGACAACUGCUGCCUCCUCACGGAUCACCUCUGCUCCAGGGAACAGUUCCCCUGCCACACCCUGCAGGUGCUCAACGACCACUGCGACGAAGUAUGGUACUGCCGCUUCUCCCACUCGGGUGCCCUCCUCGCCACCGGCUCCAAGGACUCCACCGUCAAGAUCUGGGAAGUGAACCCGGUGACCCUGACGCUGUCGCACAAGCGGACGCUCGAAGGCCACUCCUACGGAGCGUCGUUUGUGGCCUGGAGUCCAGACGACUCUCACCUCAUUGUUUGCGGGCCGGAGGACUGCUCGGAUCUCUGGAUCUGGAACGUGCAGAUGGGAGAGCUGCGGGUGAAGAUGACGCACUCGCCCGAGGACAGCCUGACGUCGUGUGCAUGGCACAAGGACGGCAAGAAGUUUGUCACGGGCGGCAUCCGGGGCCAGUUCUACCAAUGUGACCUGGACGGCAACGUGUUGGACUCGUGGGAAGGGGUGCGGGUGCAGGGCCUGUUCUGCCGAAAGGACGGCCGCACCGUGCUGGCCGCGGACUCGCACCACCGGAUACGCGGAUACGUCUUCGACGACCUCACCGACUUCAGCCUCAUUCAGGAGGAUCACUCCAUCAUCUCGUUCACCUGCGACGACACGGGGAGGCUGUGCCUCCUCAACAUCGCCACACAGGGAGUGCACUUGUGGGACCUGGAGGACAAAGUGCUGGUCCGAAAGUUCCAGGGAGUGACGCAGGGCUACUACACGAUCCGCUCCUGCUUCGGAGGCAUCAACCAGGUCUUCGUCGCCAGCGGCAGCGAAGACAACAAGGUGUACGUGUGGCACGUCAAGUGGGAGAAGCCCAUAGCGGUGCUGCAGGGCCACACCCGGUCGGUGAACUGCGUCUCCUGGAACCCCGCCCACCCGUCCAUGAUGGCCAGCGUGUCAGACGACGCCACAGUGCGCAUCUGGGGGCCGGCCCAGGCUCCCUCCUCCUCCCCACCUUCCUCCUCCUCCCCAGUGGGUGACAUGGCAGGCGCAUCGCCCCACUCGAACGGCAGCAGCAACGGGGUGUGCGACGGCGACGGAAACUCGGUCGUCUAGUCCUCCUCCCUCCCUUUUUUUCUCCUUGUCUUCAAGUUGCCUUUCUAGGAGACUUUUAUAUAUAUAUAUACAUGCAUUAUACAUACGUGUAUGUGUAUAUAUGUAUAUGCAUACAUACACACACACACGCACAGCGAGCGUGCGCUGCAGCAAGCCAAGGCGCAGGCUGGCGACGACGACCUUGGGGGUCGUGGCCAAGGUCGUGGAGAGCUCGUCUCUGGAGUUGUCUCGGCACGCGGGACAAAGCCGGGAUCGGGAAGCGACGGAGUAAGCCCAAUCCGCCGGACCGUGAGAAACCCGGUUUGGGCAGACGAAUUGGACCGUUUCGGACGCAACGGAUAAGAGAGGAAAAUUGCGUUUUGGUUCGGACGCCCUCGAUGCGGCGUUUCGAGCGUGGGGUUGAUUUGAAUUCGGAUCUAAAAAGGAAACUCAUUGUUGUUUGCAAAAUGAAGCGAACGAGGCGUUUGCAUCGAGGCGAUCAGAUUAUAUUAUCAUUAUCGCUAUUAUUACGGUAAUUAUUUGGAAGGGCGAAUUUCUUUAUGACCGACGCUGGGGCACGCGUGACUAAUUGACGUCGGCCGAAUAAACCGCUUUGUAUAGGCAUUAAAUUCCUUCAUUCUUGUGUGCUGGGUUGCACUAGUUAUUCCCGUUUCGCAGCUAGAAAGUCUGCGUUAAACCUUGAUAUUUUGCAAAAAAAAAAAAAAAAAAAGGAACCUCGUUUGUUUCGCUAAAAUCCGAAAAUAGUCCAUGGGCACUUCCUUUUUUCACAAAUGUUGGCUUUUAAUGCUUCGGCAUUGUCUCAUCAAGGUGACUCGCUUAUUAUUACGCCUCCACGGUGUUCCGAUAUCAUGGUUACCCCUCUUCUUCCCAGUACCAUUAACUGUUCACUGUUCUAGCAUUGCAGUGUGGAUAUGAAUCCAGUAUUGUGCACGAGCGUUAAAACUGUCGGCGCUUUAGAUGCUUCCGAGGCUGGAAGUGAGCUAGUAUCUUGGAACAUAUGCAAAAACGAAAACUGGCAUUGCGCCGGUAACUGACCGCCGGAGACAAGUCGGCAACUAUUUGGCAACGAGAUUCCGCCGUCGAUGUUCCAUUUCACAGUGUUGUAUCCGUUUGGUCGAACCAUUUUUGGCUUUGCGUGGUUGGCACGAGGUCUCGAACGUUGGAUUGCGAGGAACGCCGGAAAUGACCAAACAUUUCUGCGUCGCAAAUGUGCACGUGCUCGCGACAACUCCUUGGGACGGAGGGAGGGAGGCGGCUCAACGUAAGCAAAAUGCAAAACAAAACAAGCAUGCAGCGACUUUUUUUUUUUUUUUUCGACAACAACCUUUGUAAAUAGAUUCACGUGUGUGGUGAACCGUGCGAGCGUUUUAAUGGUAGUAGAAACUGCGCGUUAACAAAGUUUAUUUUGAAACUUCCCUUUCUUUUCUCCUGCAUUGUGUGCGAGUGUGCAGGAUAUCUCUAGAAAACAUGCCAGUUACGAAAUGUGUAAUGUGUGCUAGAUUUCUGUGUGACGACGAAAAAAAAAAAAUCCAGGCUAUGCUUUAUCUUCUUUUUUUUUUUUUUUGGGAGACGCUUCCACUCGAAACGUUGCCAAAUACAUUGGAUGCACCUUUCGUUUUGAGGGACGGGAAAGGGCUCUCUUCUGUUUUAAACAAAACUGUUUGUUGCUGUUCUAAGCGUCGUUGCAAACUGCUUUUAUUUUUAUUUUUUUGCAACUACCGCUUGGUAUGCUUCCUCGAUCGGCCACCUGGCAAAGUCAGUUGGAACCAGUUUUUGCCAUAAGGGCAAAAUUGUACUUAUCCGCCGUCGCUUUCCAGUUGUUUUUGCGCUGCCCCGUUCCUCGAAAUCGCAUUGUUGAGCACAAUUGCCUCAUCAUUGCCCUGCACUUUGCAAGCAACAUCCAACAUUUUUGCGUUCGAACGUCGAGUUCAGAAGGCCGUGAAACCUUUGUUCCUUUUGACACGUCCGAACGAAGCGUGAUUACACGGCGCUCCAAAAGGCAGUGAAAAGUGUGCGUCUUGAGGGCCUGCUAUCAUUGCUCAAAAGUUUCCACCCGUGCACCUGCUAAUUCUCUAUACCUUGGAUGUAAGGAGGCAUUGACGAGCACUGCCCAAGUUUCGUCUAGUCUGCUUCCGCAGAUUCUUGCUACAAACGCCGCGAAUUUCACGGUCACGUUUCCGCAGCGUGCACAGCCAAAAUUUUCAUAAGGAUUGUAGACAAGCGGCCGCGAAAUAGAGUGCGACAUUCGAGUCUUCGCAGCGUCUUGUCGCCGAUAACUUGUAGCUGUGAGAACGGUUUGGAAAGUUCUCGCAUUCAAAUUGCUGGUUUUCUUAAGUUUUCACCGCCUUCAGAAGCGGCACUCGCGUCUUGCGGUCGCAUUUUGGACAGAAACGCGAGAAAAGUUGGAUUUUGCUCGCAACAAACAAAAGGAUCUUUUUUUUUUUUUGGUCUGGCGGUUGCAAGGUGUGUGCGCCGGAGCUUUUGCUUGCCAUUUGGUUGCAACAAUGGCAGAAAGGGAGGCGAGGUGAAGGGACGAGCUUGUUGCCGCGCCCCUUGUCGAAACUUGCAAUAGUACUGCCAUGUGCCUGGACAUGUGUGUGGAGACAAUAACUCUAUUUUGGUUGAAGCGAAUCCUCCCGGCGGCGGCGGCAGACCGCGCACCGGUGUUCGGCGAGGUCUUGGAAAUCUUGUCUUUUCUGUUGCCUCCUGUUCUCGCAAAUAUAUUUUACUGCUUUUAGACAA